AUGGCAACUGAUUGGGCAGCUAAACUAGCAAAUGUGGUACCACCACCAACACAAACUCAACCACAACCUUCAAGACCUGCAACAUCAGUCCCUAGAGCAGUAUCAUCCCAAUCGAUAGACAAGAAAAUUCCUACACAACAACAACAACAGCAACAUCACCAACUCAAGAAGAAGAAUGCGUCUUCAUUAUCACCGCAGCCAAUGACAACGACGACAACAACGGCGGGAGGAGCAGGAGCAGGAAAUGUGAGGCUGCUAAAUGCUUCCAAUAAACGAUUUUCCACCACGACACCUACUGCCUCUCCAUCUUCGACUCGGAAUCCAACUCCCAAAACGAUUCGUGGUUCAACUCCAACUACUGUUUCGGCUACCAAUGCAUCUUUAGCUACAUCUGGCCAAGAGUUUAAUGCAAAUGAGUUAUUGGGUUUUUUUGAUUCUGAAUACAAGAAAUACAUUCAACAGGCUAAGGAAGAUAAAGAUGAAGAGAAUUACAAAAUUUACAAGUCCCUAGAGUCAUCUAAUCAAUGGACAACAAAAACAUCGCUGAGUAAUAGCAAGAACCAAAAGAAUGUAGUUUUGAGGAAUCUCCACAAGGGUAAUGGGUAUCAUGGACAUCAUAGUCAUUCCAAAAAUCAUUAUCACGAUAGUGGUAGGAGUGGUAAAGCUGGUACUACUGAUUACCAAAACAUCAAGAGUGGUUCUCAUAGCCCCAAUGUCAAUACAGUGGAUAUCUUGUUUGAAUUAAACAGAUCUAUAUACCAACAGAAAAAUCAAGGCCCGAAUCUGCAGCUGCUGUCAUAA